AUGACUCGCCCUCGAACAAAUCAGGCCCUGACUUGGUCACCCGAUUGGCAGAGCUUCAACUCAGUACUUAUCUUGCUCAAGGAUCUUCCAUGGACGAUCAACACCUACAACCUGUGGGACAAAUUUGGGAAAGAAGGAACCAUCACUUCCAUUGACAUUAUUCAAGACCAUGACAGACGACGAAAGCCUACUGCUCGAAUUUGGUUCACAGACGGGCAUCAUGUUCCUAGCCCAGUCCGCCCUGAGGUCAUGUACCCAGGAGAGAUCCUGAGUGCGAGCGAAUUGCAUGUGGGAGUGAUGCUUGGCGAUAAUGUAUUUUCGCCAAUGCACACCAUCAAGGCAGCGGCGGCUCCGGCAAUGGUGGUCGAUGUCAGACAGAGGACACUGAUGUUCUACUUUCACCAAGUGGUUCGCUAUGCCACGCCGGGCCAGGGCCCAAGCAGUGAGGAGAUGCCUUUUGUUUUUAGGCUACGCCUCAAGUUUCUGGAGCUCUCUCAAGUAUGGGAGUCCACUGACGUGAAAGAAAGAGGCCUUUCACUCACCAUGGUGGCCAAGUCACCACCACAGCUCCACCGGCAGACCCGAGAUUUUGCCUCCACCUUCGAGUCAGAUGGUGGUAGCUGGAAGGUGGGCCACACCUGGUUUCGUCAGACAGCCCUCGUUCAUAUGCCAAGGUUGCAAGCAAAUAUGACUACCAACCUUUGCAAACAUAGGCAGAUCAUUGACAUAGCCCGCUGGAACACAUAUCAAAUCACUUUCUCCCCUGAAGUGGUUCAGACCGGCAUUGUUAACACCCUGCGUGAUAUCUUGACGGACCAUAAUGUCGUUAUUCAACCUGGGGCCCACCUCGUACAAGCUGGAGAGCGCCCUGAGCCAGUCUGGGAAUUUAUUGAUGCCAACAGCUCCUCAACCACUGACUCUCCUUCGCAGAUUCUCGUCACUUUGUGGGGUAAUAGUGACUACAUUCACCUGCCAUUCCCUGUUCGGUACCAGCUGGAAGUUUGCAUCUCUCAAGGUCUUCUAUCUGAGUUUACAAUUACCAAAGAAUUUCUCUUGAAGUUGAUUGGGCUUGGAGAAAGUCAUGCACUUAGACUGCUUGAGCAUAUUGCCACUAGCAACUUGAAGGAGACCUACCUUGAUCCCAUGCAGAUCUUCAGUAUCCUAUGUCCUAAGGGCGUAACCGAUGCGAAAAUUCCCAAGUAUUGCUGCUUCAUGCGUACUGCCCGAGUGACUCCAACCACGGUUCUCUAUAGCACACCCACUGUUGACACUUCAAACAGAGUUACUCGUCACUAUGUUGAGUUUGCGGAUCGUUUCCUACGCGUUCGAUUUACAGAUGAGACAUCACUGGGCCGAAUCAAUUCUUGCACCGACAUGACCAACGACGAGGUGUUUACCCGUGUCAAAAGAACCUUGACCAACGGAAUCACCAUCGGAGACCGUCAUUACGAGUUCCUUGCAUUUGGUAACUCUCAGUUCCGUGAGCAUGGUGCCUAUUUUUUUGCUCCUCUUCCCGAUCUCACUGCGGCCAAUAUCAGAGGUUGGAUGGGCCAGUUUUCGCACAUCAAAAAUGUUGCAAAGCACACUGCACGUAUCGGUCAGUGUUUCUCAACCACUCGGGCAUAUGUUGGCUCUUCAGUGGAUGUUCAUCGAUGCCCUGACAUUAUUCAUGACGGCAAAAACUUCUCUGAUGGGGUUGGAAAAAUCUCCAAAUUCCUUGCUGACAUGACCGUCAACGAUUUAAAAAUCGAAACAGUGACAGGGCUUCAUCCGUCGGCCUUCCAAUUUCGACUUGGAGGCUCUAAGGGAUUACUAGUUGUCUGGCCAGGUGUUCAGCCAAGAGAAGUGCACAUCCGUGAUAGUCAAUUCAAAUUUGAAGCGGAUUCGACUGGAUUGGAGAUAAUCCGCUGGUCCCAGUUCAAUGCUGCAACCCUAAACCGUCAAAUCAUUCUGGUGUUGUCGGCCCUCGGUAUCCCCGAUGAGGCAAUCCUCAAAAAAAUGACCGACAUGAUUGACAAUAUGGACGAGAUCACACGAAACGAUUUCCAUGCAAUUGCCCUGCUGCACAAAUUCGUCGAUAGCAAUGAAAUCACCUUCAAGCUCGCCAGAAUGAUCUCAGAUGGAUUCAGAGCGGCAAAUGACCCUUUCGUCAACUCGUUGCUCCAGCUAUGGAAGACAUGGAACUUUAAAUAUCUCAAGGACAAGGCUCGAAUUCCCAUCGAAGAGGGUGCAAAUGUAUUUGGCUGCGUGGAUGAGGUAGGAGUUCUCAAAGGCUAUUUCAAACGGGGCGCCGAGUCUGCCAACGCCAGAAGAGACCCUGUAUCAGCUCUUCCCGAGAUCUUUCUCCAGGUAUGUCGUUUCGAUAAUACCGCUUCCCCGCAGAUCAUUGAGGGUAUAUGUGUCGUGGCCCGAAAUCCUUCUCUUCACCCAGGUGAUAUUCGCGUGGUACGUGCUGUCGACAAGCCAGAGCUCAGACAUCUUCAUGAUGUAGUGGUUUUUCCGCAGACCGGAGACCAAGACAUGGCCAGUAUGUGCUCUGGUGGUGAUCUUGAUGGAGAUGACUUCCUAGUCUUCUGGGACCAGGAUUUGGUUCCAAAGAAUCCGAAGUAUUGGUUUGAAACGCCCAUGAACUUCAAGGGCCGGGUGGCGCCAAACCUAGACCACGAUGUCACCGUUAACGAAAUAACCUCGUUCUUCGCUCAGUACAUGAAGUUUGACUCUCUUCCACGCAUUGCACAUGCUCAUAUGGCCCAGGCAGACUGGCGAAACAGAGGAAUCCGUGAUGAAAAGUGCCUACUUCUUGCGAAGCUUCAUUCUGAUGCUGUUGACUACAAUAAAACAGGCGCCGUUGCAGAGUUUAAGCGCGAUGUGAUGCCAAACCGCUGGCCACACUUUAUGGAGAAGAAACACAAGCCUUUGCAUCAGAUUUACCAUUCCAAGAAAAUUCUGGGACAGCUCUAUGACAGAGUGGAAACCAAGACAUUCACACCAAGUCUCAAUCUGCCGUUUGACUCCCGCAUCUUAAACUGCUCGUUCGUUCCUGCCAGCAAGAAAUUUCUUGAGUUUGCGACAGGACUGAAGCUUCAGUAUGAUGCGGCGAUGCGUCGCCUCAUGGCACAGUAUGGAAUCAAGACUGAAUUUGAAGUGUGGUCAGCCUUUGUCCUGGACCAUACUUCACUUUCCGGUAACUACAAGAUACAUGAAGAAGUUGGCCAUCGUGCCAGUAUUCUCUGCAAUGGAUUCCAACAAGCAUGCUUUGAGAUGGUCGACGGACGUGCUUCUCGGAAUAUUGCUCCUCUGGCCGUGGCUCUGUAUCGCGUGACUAAUGAUGCCACAGUCGAGGCAUUGAAAGAAAUACAAAGACAAAAAGAGAAAAAGGAAGCCGACAAAGUUUAUGGGGAUGACUGGGAUUGGGAUGAGGACUCGGAGGUCAACGAAGAAGCAGGACGUGAGCCACUGAUCAGCUUCCCAUGGAUUUUCCAUGAAUGUCUGGGAGACAUUGCCAUGGGUCGAGUCAGGGAACGAGAUCCAGACAGUUCAGAGCCUGAAAUUCCUUCUGAGGCUUUUCCAAAUGCCAAAAAGUACAUUCGGGCGGAGGUCGAUAAAAUCCUUACCGAUUUGGUAGAGGAAAGUUCCAGACAUGGCUCUCCUUGGCUGGGCGGCCUCGGCUCACCUACCGCAGAGCCGUAUCGCCCUAUCAUUACUACUCCGGAAAUGCCUUCUCUUGCCACUCGACCUCGAAUUUCUGAUUCUAAAACGAAUGACUUUGGUCAAAAGUCUAGUGUUGGUGUGGAUGCUCAUCAGGCCCUUGGCACAGUGGACGUCAAUCGUCCUGUUGGUGGUGGGAGUCACCAGAAAAGCUCUGGAGUGCAGGGCAAGGCAGGUGAACCAGAAGAGAUUAUCGAGGAGGAAGAAAACGUCAAGCCAAGUGCUACUGACGAUCUUCUCUCACUGCUGGAUCUCGGUUAA